AUGACAGGGCCCUUCUCCCCCAGUGCCCGAGUCGGCAAAGGGAGAGGCUGCGAGCUCCUUGUGGGAGCAUCUCCGCUUUCCCUCUGCCAGGCUCCCCUUCUUUACGGCAGGCAGACCUGCGUCCUGAGAGCGGUGCUGAGUCUCACGGCCAAUUUCACCGUUUUGAACUUAGAGUUUCCAAGGACAUCCAGCAAUCAAACACAUCAAAUAAUCUUUGUUUUCCUGGGUUUCUCCACCAUUCAAGAUGCCUGGAUGUACCUCUUCUUGGUCUAUCUAGUCAUUUAUAUGGCCACCAUAAUGGGCAAUGUCCUGAUAUUCACCCUGAUUCAGCUGGAUGCCUCUCUUCACAGCCCCAUGUAUUUUUUCCUCAGCCACUUGUCUUGCUUAGAUAUUUGCUUGUCUUCCGUCACAGUCCCCAAGAUCUUACUGAACCUGUUUCAACAACAGCAUACCAUCUCCUACCAUGGCUGCAUGGCCCAGAUGUUCUUCCUGCUGUCCUUCACAGGAACAGAAGCUGCCUUGCUGGCUCUCAUGGCCUAUGACCGCUUUGCUGCCAUCUGCAAGCCUUUGCACUACUCCAGUCUCAUGAGCGGCAAGUCCUGUGUCCGACUUGUGGUGGUCACCUGGCUGUGGGGCUUCUUUGAUUCUAUUCUUCACACUGCCAUGAACUCUAACUUGCACUUCUGUGGAAUCCACCAGAUUCCCCACAUUUACUGUGAUGUCCCUCCACUGAUAAAAAUUGCCUGUGGUGAUAUACGUGUCAAUAAAAUCUCACUUCACAUAGCCAGCAUUUACAUGGGUUUGGGCCCUUUUCUGAUUACUGUCCUCUCCUACUACUACAUCCUCAACUCUGUCUUCCGCAUUCGUUCUAACACAGGCAGAUGCAAAGCUUUCUCCACUUGUGCCUCCCACAUGCUUGUGGUCAUUCUUUAUUUCGGAAAUGGAUUGGUCAACUACAAUCGACCAAGAAGUGGCUACUCCCUGGAGGUCAACACCCUGGUUUCCACCAUGUACUGCAUUGUCCCCCCUAUGCUGAACCCACUCAUCUACAGUCUACGCAACAAAGAGGUGAAGGGGGCCCUGUGGAAAGUCCUGGAAAACCAGCACAAGCUGUACACUUCCUCACACCAACAACCGUGGCACACUUGA